GCUUUGUUUACGUUCCGUUUGGCAACAUUUUCAAGAGACGUAUCGUUGACCGGUGCGCGGUUUUUUGUUUCUUAAAAAGUAGAUGUUGGAUUAUUGCGAUGUCAUCGGAUCAAAGGUUGGGAAACUGUGAGGCAUGCAAUGCGCACCCAGCAAAGUACACCUGUCCCCGCUGUGAGGUUAGAACAUGUGGUGUGCAGUGUCUCAACAUUCACAAGCGUGAGCUCAAAUGCAACGGCAUACGGGACCGUACGAAGUACAUUCCGUUAAUAAAAAUGACAAAGACGGAACUGAUGAAUGAUUAUUGCUUUUUGGAGGAGUGUACGCGUUUUGUCGAGGAUCGAAAGCGGGACAGCAACAAACGUUUUACGCGUUACAACAAACUGCUGCCCACUCCAUUGUUCCGUCUGCGCAAAGCUGCCCAGGAGCGAGGUACCACCUUGAGGUUUUUGCUGCAGAACUUUACCAAGCACCAAAAGAAUUCCAGUCAACUGGACUUUCGCAGUUCCGUCAUCUUCUGGCGCGUGGAAUGGUGCUUCCCGGACGGAACCGGUGCACACAUGUUCGUCGACGAACGGGUCAGCGAAAACUGCAAGCUGUAUGAGGCGGUCAGCAAGUAUUUACAAGCAGGCAACGAUACCAACGUUCCUGAGUCUGCAACGCUCACCUAUUACCAAGCGUCCGGCAUAAAUGGAGUCCGAUUGCUUUUAAAAGCAGAAGGAAUUAAACAGUGUAGGAAUCGGUUUUUCCCACUGGAUGUGAACAGCACCAUUCGUGAAUGCCUGGCUGGCAAGACGGUCGUGGAAUAUCCUACUAUUUACGUUGUGUUCAAAGAUCGACUCGACGAAUUCAAUGUGGUCGACAGCGACGACGAUGUGGAAGGCGAAAUGCGACAGUACCAAAAUUAUAUAAAUCAAACAUACGUAUCUACGAACGCGGAGCCGAUGCGGAACAUCUCUACCGAGAUUAUCGAGAACAAACUAGAUCGCAUGGGAAUAGACAAAGGCACGCUACUAAACGAUAGCAGAACUCGGGAACAAAGUGGACAACCGUCGAAGCUAAACUAUCUUUUCAGUACUGAAAGUGCGCUAAAUUGUUCUUCCUCCGACACGGAAGAUGGUGAAUUGACAGAGGAAGAAGUUGAAAUGGUUUCUCCGAAGCGUACUCGAAUGCUGGAUGUAGAAACUCCUGCGCCUGGAAACUGAAUCUGAUUCUAUUAGUUUGCAGCAACUGUUUGCAACGAUUGGCUGAAACUGUGUUCUAGACCUAUGCUUGUCCGAAAAAGGCCUUUUCACUUUGGUUAUUUCAAAUUGUAUAAUG